AUGAGAUUCGAAAGGUUCCUUUGUUUAUUGAUCAAGCUUUCUUCUGUUUCAGAAACGAGACGACAAUGUGACGAAGCUUUUCCCACCAAAUUAGCUCUUCAGCCAUCUUGUUUUUACAAAUCAAAGUUACAGUCAAAGAUGGCGCUAUUGUGGUGCGGCGUGGCCAUUCUUCUGGUGGGUGUCCAGGCUCAGUCCAACUAUGGCUCCCAAGCCAACAACGUGGAGUACCAGGGUGACGGAUUACCUGAGCAGACAGUGCUUGAUGGAAAGGUGACGAAACUAGACGACCUAAGUCCAGUCAUAUUUCUCAACAGAACGAGAGCGGCGCUGAAUUGCGCUGCGGGUUCUAUGCAGAUUGAAUUAAAAUUCAACGAAAAAUUUUAUGGGAUCGCGUACGCAGACUUCGAUCGAAAUUCGGCUUGCCAGGUGGCCGGUAAAGGUGCUACUUCAUACAAACUGGAGCUACCUUUGAAAGGAUGUGGUACUAAACAGGAUCCAUUGCGGGUUUUCACGAACAACAUAGUGGUUCGUUUCCAUCCUGGGCUAGAAAUGGAUGGCGAUGAAGUUAUAACUAUCGUCUGUAGAUAUCCGCCCCCUAUCGUUCCAGUGGCGAAACCUUUUAUUGCGACGCCGGAAGCGGCUGGACCGCUACCAGCAAAAGCACCUUUAGCUGGAACCCACAUCCUGAUGAUAAUCUGUGCCAUUCUCUUCUUAACUCUCCUGUUGCUGGGACUCGGAGUCUCGUACUUGUGCUUGCGAAGGCGAGCUCUGCCGGUACCGAGAAGAUUAAUUGAUGACUCUUCAGCUUCUAUCAUCAGCCGAGAGAGUAUACAAGAGGUGAAGAUACCUCGAGCCCAUCCCGUGUAUCCAGCGGCAGCCGAGAGUGCCAGUGUAGCAUCAGACACGAUCCCAUCAGAUUAUCCGUCAGAGACACCAAGCGAAGCUGACCACGCCCACUCGAACGCAGCUUUCUUAGUUGACGAGUAUCAAAGUGAAGGGUACAAUGAGUCUCAGGAGACGACUCACACUCACUCCCGACUCGCAGGAGCAGUGCCUCCAGCGUUCGACGUUAGGGUCAGAGUCCAGAGACCACCGGCGCCACCUUCUCCUCAGUCCACCAUAACGACUACAGAGGUGGAUGGAGGCAGCAUGAGACAAACUCUACUGGAAGAGCACGAACGACAAGAGUCUGUUCGUACUGUGUCUCCAGGGGCGUUACCGUUGCCAGCACGAGCGGCGCACGCGCAACCACCAGAGCGACCUCCACGACCUCCUGUUCUAUACACAGAGGUGAACAGGGAUAGACAGGAUUGGGCUCGCCGUCCGCGAUCCAUAGUCUCGCUCAACACAGAAAUGACAGACACACAUUCUGUCACAGAAGUCACUGAUGGUUCCCAUGCUAGAAUGUUCCAUAUUAAGAAACCACCUCCACCACCUCCCAUAAUGAGGGAGCGUCUGGAGACAGAGGAACAGGAGAUGUUAAUGGAAAGCUUGGAGCCAAUGCCAGAAACACCCAUUAUGCCUGCGAGAAAACCAGAGAUUACAUCUCACGUGGUUGACGACGUGUUCCUUCGCACGAUAACCGAAAAGAAGACGAUAGAAGACAUAGAGCGCCACAAGCGAUUGGUCACAGAGUACAAGCAAGUGCCGCCGCCGCCACCACAGUUCGACGUGACCAUCAGGAACCACACGCUUCCUGAAGCGCAAUGGGAGAACUUCUCCGAUAUCAGUUCAGCGUCUGGUAUGACGCUGACACCGAAGAUGGAAAGAGUGCCAAUGUCCUUGCCGCCACAGAAGUUUAUUGGUAAGGGCGGACCAGCUCUCUUCUCACCCGAGCUGAUCAAGCAAACGGCCACCAGUUACCAGCAGCCGCAGUCUCCAGACCUUCCACUGUUGCCUGAGCUGCCACCAGCUCGCAAUCCACUCUUCCGAGAAGAGGACGACGACGAUGUGCCGGAACCUACACCGGCGCCUCCAGUUCCCCCAAACUGGAGUGUACUUACCAGGGUAUUGAAGACUGAUGCUCAAGACGAGGUACUAUCAGAGACUGAGCGUAGCUACCGUCUCACCCGUGAAGAACGUCUUCGUUGGCGUGAGCUGAUCACUCACGAGAGUACCCUACGACGGGAGUUGGCACGGUCCUCUACUCGGGAGGACUUCACUCGUCUAGCGCAUGAUCAUCGAUUUGCGCCUCUAUAUGCUCCCCCCAAAUGGGAGGUCAUCAUACGCAUUUUGGCUCCACCGGAGAGGCCACCCAAGAACCGUUACCGCAAAAAGUCCGAAUGGGACUCGAGGUCGCGUCGCAGUUCACUACCAACCCUCUACGAAUACGACAGUGAUGCCACAUCUCUAAGGGAACCGCGUUCCCGCAGAUCUUCGUACCGCAGUGAUCACGUUGAUAUGAGAUCAAUGUCAGAGAUGAUGGUAGACUACGCGAGAGAGCAAGCGGACACACAUUCGGAGGUGUCCGGGACACUCCUGGGACGGUACUACGAUGAUGACAGCGAUUCAGAACACCCUGGUUAUCAUCAGCACCCGUCUUGGCGCAAUUCGCUUCACCGUUCCGUGAGCCAACCGUCCCUAGCGCGGUCGGCCACUGAAGUGACAGAGCAGUGGACUGUCCCAGAAGGUGACGUCACGCCAACACCAGGUCGAAGGGUCAGAGGACCACAAGGACUAACGACAUUCACGUCGUCGGAAGUAAGGACGUUCCAAGCGACUAGAGAAUGGCGAGAAUAG